AGUGCUCUCUCUCUCUCUCUCUCUCUCUCUCUCUCUCUAAGUUAUUUCGCUUCUCAAAUUUGGCGCCAAUUCAUUGUUGCAGUGAGUGAAUAGGAAGGAGAAAGCAAAACCCUAACCCUACACACAACACUGUUUGGUUGUGAAUUGCAACAUUGCAAUGGCUUCGAGCUCCUCCGGUGUGGAAAUGGAAGUGGAAGAAGCAUCAGUGGAGGAUCUUCUGAAUUCAACGACGGACGUUGAGCUUCUGAAGCAAGCUUGGCGUAACGAAAAAGCAGCACCGGAAAUCCUUCAAUUCCAAUCGAAUUUGAUCUCCCGCGUAAGAGAACAGAUUCAACUCAUGGAAGACACUGUGGAGGAGAAAUCCACUGACGGCACUGAUCCUCUUUCGUUGUCUCUGUAUCAGAUGGACUUGGACAGAACCCUCUUUCUGUUAAGAUCUUAUCUUCGGAUCCGCAUUCAGAAGAUUGAAAAGUACAUGUUCCACAUCCUAAAAACUGAAGAACUUUGGAACAGGCUAUCUAAAGAUGAGAAAAGUUUCACUAGAAGGUGUACAGAUGACCUAAAACAACAUUUGGAGGAAAGUGUUCUAUCAAAAUUGCCUGAAAAUUAUCAGUCUGUUCUGAAGCAAUCUGUAAUUAGUGAAGAAGAUGACAUGGUCGCAGAACCACACCUAGACACAUUUGUUUUAUGUAGAAGUAGAGAGUAUCUCACAGGCAUUCAACUUGAAGAUGGGCCUGUUGAUGACAGGUCGAAGCUGUUUGAGAUGGAACCGGGCGUCCUCCACUUCAUAUGUUACAAAUCAAUAAAGGCACUUGUUGAGAGUGGCAAAAUUGAUCUCCUCUGAUAAGUUAACAAUUUGGAUAUUGAUACUCAAGGGAUAAUCAGUUUUGUUUAUUCCUGAGUUUCUAUUAUUUAUUUAAUUCUGGUGUAAGGAGCUGAUCCAAGAUGUUAUCAACGAAAGGAAUUCUAGACUAGACUUGCAUUAUAUAGAAUAAAAUUUUCACAUGACAAUGUCACCUAAAAAUUCUCAGGUGCCUU